AUGGGUGUGCUACUACUGGAAUGGUUGUUGCAGAGAUUGGAAGUUAGAAGGAAGAAAUGGGUUCCGAUGGCGAUGGGGUCUUGUUCUUCGAAAGGGUUCUUUUUUGUAAGAUUUGAUUUGAAAAGGGAACUUCUUAUUGGAGUGGCCUUUUCUCUUUCUUCUUCUUCUGCCAUUAAUGAUUUACUCCCACCACCUUCUUCCCCAACCAAUUCCUCCAUAUCCUCUCGACACAGAGGUAAAAAUUCUAUAGGUUUGUUCUUCCACGAUCGAAGCACAACUCUCGGAACCCUAAUGGGAGUCAGUUUCCCAGCCAUUACAUUCCGAACUCCCUCCCAACGCCACCACGAAACUCCUUUAUCAACUUCUGCCAUAAACGGAGCAAGAACAAUGAGUGGAUCUCGAAGAAAGUUUAACAAAUCCAAUGCCACGUCAUCGUCAUCGUCAUCAUCGGUUGCGGAGAGACGAAGGCGGUGGUGGAGUCUUUCCAGAGAUGAGAACGAUGCGAAACCCAUGGCUUCAUUGGGAGAUUUUUUGGAGAAUGAAAGGAGAUUUGGUGACGGAGCUUUUUACGGUGUGACGCCUGAGCUUGAAAGUGUUGUUAUAGUUGACGAUGAUGAUGAUCGGAGGAGGAAUGGAAGGUUGUUGUUUGCUGAUGGGAGGGUUCUUCCGUCGACUCAGACGGAGAUAAAGAUUUCUUCGUCUUCUUCUCCGUCGUCUAUGGCGGCGACUGGGUUCUGUCGAUAG